AUGGAUCAUGAUUUUGAUAGAGCUUUACCAAGAUAUACGUAUAGUCAAGUGGACAGUGGGGAGGACAUGGAAGCUUAUGGGCAUGUAGCCGGGAAUCCGCUGGAAUGUCUUUCGUUGGCGAUUCAAUUAACGAAAGAACAAGUGCUCGACGCGGAUGGGAAUCCAGUGUUUCGAGUUGGCUUCAAAAUUGGUGGUGGAAUCGAUCAGGAUCCCUCUCGUGCACCAUUCUUGUAUCCAGAUACGGGAAUUUACAUCACAAACGUUGAGCCGGGAUCACCGGCCGAUCGAGCCGGUCUGCAGAAACACGACAAGAUUUUGAGGGUGAACGGCGUCGAUUUCACGAUGGUGACCCACGAUCGAGCGGUGAAGUACAUUCAGCGAGAGCCCGUUUUGCACAUUCUCAUCGCUCGCACCGGAAUCCCGCCGCUCAAUGAGGUUUUCGGCUCACGAGGACAGCACGCUCAAUCGAUGCAAGGAUGC